AAUAACCGUAUCCGCCAAAAUAUUGAACUACAUCUCGUUCUGGUUUAUUUUUCCUGAUCCCUCCGAACGUCGCUCGGCUUCUGUCGUCUCUCUCCUCCCACUCCCCUCUCUCUCUCUCCAUGUGCUGUGUCUAUUUACCCCGACCACACCAUCCAUCUCCUGAUGAAAAAGGUGGAGUGAGACGGAGAGAGAGAGAGAGAGAGAAACAGGUGGAGUCUGCUGUCGUCAUGGCAACCCACCGUUCCCCCAUAUAAGGCAACUGGGGGUGAUAUCAUAUGGUUGGCAAAGCCUGGGCUCUGGAGGGAGGCACACACUGUACUGAGCGACAGGCAGAGACGCCGAGGGGAGGAAGGACGAGAGAGAGAGAGAGAGAGUGACGGACUGAAGGAGGGAGGAGGAGGAAGAGGAGGAAGAGGAGGAGGGGAUGCUAACUGCCUCUAAAGGCGCUACUACGGAUACCGAGCAGGGGGGCAACUCUGGCAGCUCCUCAGGGCGCGCGAACGACACGGAGCCGCAGUGAAACCCCCCCUCCCCACCCCCACCCCCACCCCCACCACCACAAAAAAAAGAAAGAUGGAGCGGGAGGAGGAGGAAGGAGGAGGAGGAGCAGGAGGAGGCGUGUGGAGCGGGAGGAUGCACCAGGCGGCCGACGAGCGCGUUAAGUAGCAACGCAACAGCCAAACUACUGGAGCUUCAAGACCCGAACGCCUCGCGUGACGCGACUCAGCCCGACGCAGCCGGCUCUCGCCGACCAGGCCAACCGGGUUUCCUUCGCGUCGGCGGAACAUCUGGAGACCAUGUCGGAGCCCGACGUCCCCAUCGGCUUCAACCGCAUGAACCGGCUGCGCCAGAGCCUGCCGCUGGCCCGCUCGUCCAGCCAGGCCAAGCUGCGGGCGCCAGGGGUCUUGUUCCUCCAGCUCGGGGAGGAGACGCGUCGCGUCCACCUGACCCACGAGCUGACGAGCCUGGACACCCUGAGGGCGCUCAUCGUGCACAUGUUCCCCCAGAGGCUCACCAUGGCCAUGCUCAGGUCUCCCAGCACGGCGCUGCUGAUCAAGGACGAGACCCGCAACGUCUUCUACGAGCUGGAGGACCCGCGGGACGUCCAGGACCGCUGCGUCAUUAAGAUUUACUGCAAAGAGCCCGUGUACGGCACCUACCCGGGGCACCACAGCCCCCACCUGGCCAACGGAGACCUGCGGAGGGAGAUGGUGUACGCACCUCAGGACUCUCCGCCCAACCGCCGCCUCAGCAACCCGCCCUUGUCCUCGCAGCAUUCGUCCUCCUCCGCCUCGCCGCCCCAGGGCUCGCCGUCCCGCGCCCGCCUCCUCUACAGCGGCGGCGGCAGGCCGUCCUCCUACGCCGGGCCGCCCCACCACACCCACUCCCUGCCACACCCGCACUCCCAGCCCCACCACUCCUCCCCCCACCAGCAGCCGCAGCUCCACCACCAGGCCCACCAGCCCCACCAGGCCCACCAGCCCCACCAGGCCCACCACACCCAGACGGCCUUCAGCGCCUCCUCCUCCAGCGCCAUCCUGGAGCGCAGGGACGUGAAGCCGGACGACGAGGUGGGCGGGUCCAGGAGCAUGGUGCUGCUGCGGGGAGACGAGCGUGGCGGAGGGGGGAUUUACGCGGACCCCUACUCCCUGGGCCCAGACCCAGGUCGGCUGAGUCUGGCCGGAGGGCCUCACUCCCCUCUGCCGGCCAGAGCCGACCCCUACGGCUCCUUGUACCGCCGCGGAGGGGGAGGAGGCGGCGGGGGGCCCGGAUCGACGCGUUCACUCACUUCCUAUACGGCGGCCGCUUUGCAAGGGGAGCUGAUGGAAAGCGGCGCCCUCUACAGGCCGGGGGGACCGCUCUACAACGACGCCUACGCCGCGUCCGUGUUGGCCAUGGGGCUGCGCGUGCCGCCACCUUCCUCCCCACAGAAGAUCCCCGACAUGAGGGAUUCCUACGGGGGCACCAUGCCCGGCCGCGGCUCCCCCGGCAGGCAGAGUUUGAGACGGGACUCGGUGACGUCCUCUGUGUUCGGGGACAGUCCCAAAGCCCGAGGCCCGGGACCCGGGCUGGGGCUCACCGCGGAGCAGCUGUGCCUGAUGGCCGGUCCCGGGGGAGAGGGAGGGAGCGGCGGGGGCUUCGGCUCGCCGCUGAUGGGGAACGAGACGGAGACCAGGGAGCGAAUGGAGGCCAUGGAGAAGCAGAUCGCCAGCCUGACCGGGCUGCUGCAGAGAGUCCUGAGCAGAGCGCCGGAGGCAGACAGCCCGGAGAAGAUGGAGUCGGCCAGUGACUGCUCGGGAACCGACACUGGACGCGCAAAAAAAAAGAAAGCUUUGACGCCGUCCGCUCCUCUGGCCCUGAUGCCGCCUCCGCCCUCGGGGGCCAACCAGCCCGUGACCGUGUCCCGUCUCCAGAUGCAGCUCCACCUGCAGGGCCUGCAGCAGAACACCAACGCCCUGCGCUCGCAGCUGUCGCAGCUGCGCAACAUGCAGCUGGAGAACCAGGACUCGGUCCUGUCCCUGCUGAGGCAGACGGAGUCGGAGCUGAGCCUCAUGAUGCUGGACGCCAUGCGCACCCAGGAGGACCCGCUCCAGAGACAGCGCCUCCUGGUGGAGGAGGAGAGACUCAAGUACCUGAACCAGGAGGAGCUGCUCAUCCAGCAGCUGCAUGACCUGGAGAGAUCGGUGGAGGAGCUGCAGAGGAACUCGUCCGUCAACCACGGCCUGGUGACGGAGCAGGACGUGGAGCAGAAGAGCAAAGAGCUGAGGAUUCUGGGAGAGACGCUCACCGAGCUGAAAAACCAGUUCCCCGGCCUGCAGAGUAAGAUGCGGGUGGUGCUGCGGGUGGAGGUGGAGGCCGUGAAGUUCCUGAAGGAGGAGCCUCAUCGCCUGGACGCUCUGCUGAAGCGCUGCAACUCCAUGACGGACGCUCUGAGCUCGCUGCGCAGUGUUUUGUAUCCCUCCUAUAUGUACAGACAAGUGGCCGAGGGCGCGUGGAGGGGCGCCGACGCCCUCGCCGGCCAGGCGGCGUCGCCGGCGAAGAGAGCGGAGGACGCGAGCCGCGGCCCGGACCUGGACAUCCUCAACAGUCCCCCUCCCCUGGGCCUCGCCGACCUGAGCACCGGCGCCGGCCUGGCCAACUGGAUGCCCGUGUCCGCCGGGCACGACGCGGACGCCGAGCAGGACGUCCAGCCCUGCAUGACCUUCAGAAAUCGGGUUCUGGAUGAGCCGCCGAGUCGGCGUCCUGCCGACAAGUGUGUGUCGGCUGAAGUCAGACUGGCGGCGGAGCGCGACUGGGAGGAGAAGCGAGCCAGCCUGACUCAGUUCAGCGCCCAGGACAUCAAUCGCCUGCUGGAGGAGACGCAGGCCGAGCUGAUGAAGGCCAUCCCGGACCUCGACUUCGCCGCCAAGCACAUCAACAAGCCGGCGGUGCCCCCCAAGCCCCAGAUCACCAUCCCGCUCACCUGCACCACCGCUGCCUCACCCGCAGCCGGGACGACCGGGACCACGGCCACCAGCAACACCACCACCCCCGCCCCCACGCCCAGCGGCGACCAGCAGCCUGGCAAAGUGCAGCUGGCCGCCCAGAAGCUCAACAACAUGGAGGGCGGCGGUUCACAGCGAGGGUCCGUCGACCUGAACGUGGCCCGGUACCGGACGGAGAAACCCUCCAAGUCUCCGCCUCCGCCUCCACCGCGGCGAAGCUUCCCGUCAGCACACGGCCUCACCACCAACCGCACCGGGGAAGUCAUCGUCACCACCAAGAAUAUGAAGAUGGAGGACGAUGGCGACAUGCCCAUGACUCUGGUGAAGCUGCGGCGGACGCCGUCUGACACGCCGCGGCCCGCCUCCACGCCGCCCGUGAUCGCAGCGUCUGCGAUCCAAGACGAGGACGACGAGGAGAAGAUCAUCGCCGAGCUGGAGAUAUUUCAGAGAACGCCUGUAAAAGGUUGUAGUAAACGGUACAGCGUCCUACCACGGGCCAGCCCCGCCCCUCGCUGCACCCUCGGGUCCCUGGGCAGAAAGAACAGCAGUAACUCUCCGGCGCCCACGAAGGGACCGACGGUCGCCGCCCGGCUCAAACACCUGCAGCAGGGCAGCCUGGAGCGGCCCCGCACCCGCAGGCAGAAGGAGGAUUUCCCCAAAGUCCAGGGCCAGCAGCAGGUAUUCCACUUCUAAACACCUCUGACUCUUCGUCCGCCGCUCCGUCCGACGCUCCGUCCGCCGCCUGCCGGCGCCUCGGAGGAAACUUCUGUAGAGUUCAGACCCAGAGGACGAUACGAGGGGGGAACCACCUGCAGAACCCUUCUGGUUCCGAACCAGUUCUUGACGUGUGUGUGUGAGUGUGUGUGUGUGUGUGUGUGUGUGUGUGUGUGUGUGUGUGUGUGUGUGUGUGUGUGUGUGUGUGUGUGUGUGUGUGUGUGUUGACAUUCCAGUUUCUGGAUCUCAACCUCGCCUACUUUAGAGAUAUUUUUUUUCUUUUGUCGUGCGAGUACGUCGAUGUUUUGAUUUUCCAGAGGAAGGAUUCUGGUGCUUGUGACUGAUGGAACGAGCUUCAUUACUAUUAUAAUAAUUAUUAUUAUUAUUAUUAUAACGGUCAGAUCCCUUCUGACGCAGCCUCUGCCUCCGCGGGGCGACGUCAUCUCCAGUUAUGCCACGGAAAGAUUUCAUAUCUCAAGGUCAAAGUGAUGAUCCAGCCAUGUCUUCUCUCUCUCUCUCUCUCUCUCAAUCCUCCCCCUCAUCAUCCCUCGCUCUCUCUCUGUUCUUCCGAUAAUUACCACAUGCCGCUCUUUUUCUGUAACUUAUCCUUUAAAUCUCAAGGUAAGCCGACAGAUUGACCCUCCACCAGCUUUUCAAAUUCAAAGUUUAUUGAACUUCAAGUGUUUUCUUUAGGAAUCAGAGACAUUUCAAUGUUAUUAUAACAAAAAAGUCAAAUUGAUCAAAAUGUAUUAGUGAAAUUUGAAAUUCGCGAACCAACAAUAAGAAAAUCAAACGUGUUGAAAAGAUCAAAUCAGAUCAAACGUCGUAUGAACCAGUUCAGACGUGGUUUUUGAAUCUUCGUCACAUAUUAAAAUACAAAAAAAAAAAUCAGCUUUAAAUUAAUUCCAGCUGCUAUCGAUUCAUUUUGACUCGAUGACGACCGGUGACGAUUACUGACGCGACCAGACAAACGCUUCGCUUCGUCCGGCACCGUCCAAUCAGAGCAGAGCGUGAGUCCCGUCACCCCGAGUUACCGGGAGGUGAAACCCGUCUUAUCUCUCCGAGCUCCAGCCGACCUCGUCCUCGUCUCCGAGUUUCAUUUCAAAGGUUAUUUACAGUUUAAUUUUUUUUUCUCCAAACGUCCCCUGAGAGCAGCUCGUGUCAGAACGAUAAUCUCCUUCGUCGCACGUAAUCAGCAGUUAGCACGUUGCUAACACGCGAGCGUCGUCCUCCUUCGCUCCCCACGGACGUGGUGAGGAUUAGUAUUCAGCCCCGAUGUGUCCUGUUCUGGUCUGAGCAUCAUCUCGGCUCAUUUCCUUUUAUUGCCUUUUUAAUAAUUCAUCAUUUUAAUAUCCGUGACGCAAAAAGCUGAAAUAAGUUGUUUUUUUUAGAAAGUCAUAAUAGUGACCUCGAGGCCGGUGAUUGAACGCGGUGUUGAUCUGGAACACAAACUCAGAUCUGUAGGAUUCAUAUCAGAUGUCAGGGAUUAUUGGGUGAAACUUCUCAACACAUGAUGCAAUAAUCUGAACGUUGGAUAUGAAUGCAUUUAGUUUGGGGGACGUUCAGGUUCCACCUCCUCGUCUCCUUCUCCACAUCUCCUUUUCUGCUCUUCUUUCCUAGUCACCUUGUUUCCUCCCCUUUUGUCUCCUCAUCACUUCCUUCCUUGUCUCCUCUUUGCUCCCACAUCCUCCUCCUCACCUCCUCCUCUUCCUCCUCCUCCUCACCUCCUCCUCCUCCUCCUCUUCC